GUUAACCGAACAGUCGUUCAUCCGAGCCACAUGGUGGCGCUGUGGCUCAACGUGGUAUGUGUUUCUCACCAAAGCGGCGCAGACUAAUGUUAUGUUUACGUCUGUCCGACAACAUGGAGGACGACGUGGAUGUUGACAUCGAGGGAGACGAUUUUGAUUGUAAUGUCCGUGAGAUAGACGAAGGAGGUGUAAUCCAGGAUCAGUUCGUCCAGUCUGUGGGCAAAAGCAGCUCCUGGAUCCUGCCCUGGGAACUGGACAGCUCCAUCAGCCCUGAGAACAGAGAGGUGAUAGAGAGGAUGCUGCUGGAGGAACAAUAUUACCUCACAGGUAAGGCGGUUCCUGACAACAUUCUGCACAGUGAUUCUAACAAAAAGCCUAAAGUGAAGAAGUCUCUAUCCAAGAACUCAACCUCAAUGUCCGCUUCAUCGUCUCGCUGGUCAAAACAGGAAAAGGAGCGCUUUGAGGAAGGAUUGGCCCAAUUUGGUCGAAGGUGGACUAAAAUUGCCAAGCUGGUGGGCACCCGUAGUGUUCUUCAGGUCAAGAGUUAUGCCAGACAGCAUUUCAAGCAAAAGGAUAAACCCGAACCCAAAGCUGCUGCUUCGUCUGCAGGUCCUGACCUGCACUCACACCCUCCUCCGCCAGCCUCCGUCUGUGCUUCUGUUCUGUCCAACGCUGUUCGCAUAGAGAGACUUUCUGACGAUGAGGAUGUAGACAUCACUGAUAACCAGAGUGAGGAUGAAGGGAGAGUUGUCCAAACUGGAUUCUGUGAUUCAGAAGAGCCUAAAGAAGAACAAACAGAAUCAGACCUGAGUGAGGGGGAGAACGUUCAUGAGACAGAGGACCAACCCUGCCAGAGCUCUCUUCCUCUACAAAGUCCUCUGGGCUUUUCUGAUUUAGUUUGCAAUGAUGAAGGUGACAAACUGAGGAUAACUGAGAAGGCUAUAGAGACAGAAACCCCUCCAGAGGAGACGGCUGAGGCAAACGAAGGUCAGAGUUCUCUGUGUGACAUUCAGCUAGGUGAAGAUGAUCACACCUGCACAGACUCUAAUGAUAAGAUUGAAAAUUACGAAUCGGAAAAGGAGCUGGAGGAAGACUAUGAAGACGAGGAAGAGGAGGAGCUCAAAGCCCCUGAGCGAGAAAUUCAGAUGGACACAGAGACGAUCACUGAGGACGAGAAACAAGCCAUCCCAGAGUUCUUUGAGGGACGACCGUCCAAAACCCCAGAAAGAUAUCUUAAGAUUAGAAACUACAUCCUGGAUCAGUGGCUGAAAAAUAAACCCAAGUACCUCAACAAGACCUCAGUCCGUCCUGGUCUGAAGAACUGUGGGGAUGUCAACUGCAUCGGGAGAAUACACACCUACCUGGAGCUCAUUGGGGCAAUCAACUUCAACUGUGAGCAAGCAGUGUAUAAUCGCCCCAAAGUGGUGGACCGCUCCAAACACAAGGAGGGCAAAGACGUGCUGGAAGCCUAUCAGCUGGCUCAGAGACUCCAGAGUAUGCGGACCAGGAGGAGGCGUGUGCGCGACAUCUGGGGGAACUGGUGUGAUGCUAAAGAUUUGGAAGGACAGACAUACGAGCAUCUCGGUGCUAAGGAGCUCGCUUUGAGGAGGGAGGAGAUGAGGAAGCACCCUAAACCCUGCAAGAUGUCAAAAUACAGAUGGUCUUUAGAUCCAUUCCAGCUGAUUCCCUGCAGGUCGUUUGAAGACGACGUACAGGAGCCGUUUCAGGUCGUUGUGUGUGCCGAGACUCUCCUCAUCAUGGACAUGCACGCUCACGUGUCACGGGGGGAAAUCAUCGGCCUGCUGGGAGGAACAUUCAGUGGGGAAGCUAAAGUACUGAAGAUCUGUGCUGCAGAGCCUUGCAACAGUGUGAGCACAGGUCUACAGUGUGAGAUGGACCCGGUGUCUCAGACACAGGCAUGUGACACGUUGGCGUCCCUGGGCCUCGGUGUAGUGGGCUGGUACCACUCACACCCGUCCUUCCAGCCGAACCCCUCGGUACGAGACAUAAACACACAGGAUCAGUUCCAGAGCUACUUUUCCCGAGGCGGAGCCCCCUUCAUAGGGGUGAUAGUGAGCCCGUAUGACCCAGCCAACCCCUCCCCCCACUCCCAAAUCACCUGCUUGCUGGUAAAAGAGAGCCAGGAGGCUUCCAGUCCCAACAAGCUGCCUUACAGAUUCAGCUUUCUGACAUCACAAGAUGUCCCUGACUGGGAUCAGACCAUGAGGAGGGCUCAGUGGAUUGUCCAGAAAUACGCUCAGGCACCCGGGAGUGUCCAAAUGGACAGAUUAUUUCGGAGAGAGUCAAAUCUCACCUGUUUGGAGAAGAUGUUAGCAUCUUUGGCAAGAUACACGGAGCCCCUUCCAGAUGGGGAGGGAGACCUGUUUCUCACUCAGAUCCAGGCCCUUUUCUUGACAGAUUUCAUUUCCAAGCAGCAAUCCUCAGAUUUAGAAGAAAGAAAACCUUUAGAUAUUUCAUCAAAGACUGUGGAGUCAGAAGACGUCCCUUUUGAUCAGCUGAUCUGUCAGGACAGGCCCCAAGAAGAGGGAGGAGGAGUCGAGACAGACAGCUCCACCAUAUUGCAUCUAGGUUCUGUUUUAUCAACUGAGCAUGACUAUUUACUGUGAAAAGUUGUAUAACUAACAAAACAGGUUCUGGUUAACAUCUUAUUAUUAAUAUAACAAUUUGCUCUGUAAAUACACUGAGAUUUAGCAUCAGUAUUAUCCACUUUCUAAUGUAGUUUUACGGUAUGUGACAUUUUAUUCCAUUUGUAAUUUGUCAUUCAACUCCCAGAAAUCAACAGACUUGUCUGUGAUUUUGGGUGUGUUGAAGUUGUUGUUUUGCCAAAUUUGUGAAAACAAUUUAGAAGUCGGGCAGUUUUCGGGUUUUAGGAUCGGACAUUAGAGUCGGGUGAAGGUGGUGUUCUACAAAGGGUACAGUAUUUUAUAUCAGUUAUGAGUCCUCAGAGUGACGGCAAACCAAGCCUGCUGGAGAUAGAAAACAUGUUAUCAGUUCCUUUUCUAGCAAUAAAUUUCUAUUUUUUAUAUUUUGAA